AUGCAUGCUUUCUUUAUGCCUAAGGCCAAUGCCGGACACUCUGCGGAAACAGGCUUUGAUGUGAACGACAAGCGUCGCAAGAGGCAGAGGACCAGGUCACCUGAUCAGGAUCCCGCUGUACUAGACCCACUGGAGACACAUGAAUGGGUGGACCAGCUGAAUGCUGCCGCUUCUGGGGCAUUGCUAGGGUCCAAUGCCAUAUACAGAUCUACAGGCGAUCAGGGCGAAAGCAGCGUUGGUAGGACUGCCUGGAACAGAACAGGCAGUAAUGGAUCAAACCUGUCAGUAAGGGGCAAAAGUCAGAACGGUUGCUCUACCGACUCUUCCUGCCCUAUCAACGCAGACAUGCCUUUGGCCGAGGAGAUCUCCCAACCUUCAGGCGCAGAUUCGAACGAGGACACCGCGAAAACUCCGCCAAAGAAGAUGUUGAGAGUUCGCCCUGAUGGCAAACUGGGUUCUCCCAAAGCAAAAGCCCCUGCACAAGACGCAAAGCCCAAGCGUGGCAGGAAAUCCGCAAAGGCUGAGACACUUCCCAAGAUGCUGGUGGCCAGUGUCAGGUACGGUACCGAUGCUCAGUCUCGCUCUUCCACGGGGCGCAAAAUUGCAAAUAUCUUCUCAAGCACGGCCAUCAACCCCAGUCCCGCAAAGUCAAAGCCCAACAGACCGCCCGAACCUCCAAAACCAACGCAUCCAUUCUUUCUUGGAGGGCCCAAGCGCGAUCGCUGCCAGCAGGAGUUAGCACAAAGCAAUGAUGCUAAGGAGACUAGAGUUGGAGGUCGCCCUGUAACACCGAUACGAAGAGUUGUCAGCCCUACCAAGGCGAGAGUCACAAGCAAACCUCCUGGUAUUUCUGAAAGCUCGGCUGCAGUCUUGAACCUUGGAGGCAAUGCAUUCCGCUCUGAUCAAGCACGAAUAUCUCGAUUUCCUGGUGCAAUGGAGCCUUUGUGGCCUCCUGAAGGUAUGGUCCAUGUUAGACAAGACUACGAUUCUGCUGAAAUGUCUCGCCCAACACCUCAUUUCUCUCAUGCAUCAAAAGCUCGCCGGAAGAUGAAGGAAGCGGAAGUUCGCAUACCAAAAGAGGAGCGGAUCCUAACGCCGUACAUCGAUGUCGUUCAGGCCUAUCGAAGCAAUGAUGAGGUGUUCAGAAGAGUCCAUUCUCGGGAGUGGCGCGAUUUUCGGCGUCCUCUUCGCCGCAUUGUAACCGGUCGUGAGCUGCAGCAAGCUGUACGCCGGGAAGUUGCAAGCAAGCUCCCAAUGUCAUACCAAGACGCGACUGAUAGACAAAACGAAAAUGAACUCGGUAACCUACAGAUGCCUCAAAGCCCACUCCAUCCUGCUGUGCAUCGUAUGUAUAAGAACAUUGCGACCUCUCUGACUGCAUUUGAUAUGUUCGAAUGUGAAACUCAAGAUUGGGUUCACAAAUACGCACCAGACUGUGCCGAGCAAGUGCUGCAAGCAGGCCGUGAAGUACUCAUUCUUCGAGACUGGCUGAAGACCUUGACAAUCAACUCCGUUGCUUUUCGGGCCGGUGAUUCUUCAAAACCCAGAGAUUCCUCCGUAUCCUCUCGAAGGGCUACCACGAAAAGAAAGAGAAGGAGAGCAGGAGAACUGGAUGGCUUUGUGUUAUCAAGCGAUGAGGAAGCAAACGAAAUGUGCGAGGUUACAGACUCUGAAGAUGGGCAGACUCCAGGCUCGAUGCUGAGAAGGUCGAUAAUCCGAUCCAGAGAUGCUGGGAACUCUGGCAAAGGCGAGCGGGUUACCAAUGCUGUGGUCAUCAGUGGUCCGCAUGGGUGUGGCAAGACUGCUGCUGUACAUGCAGUCGCUCGAGAACUUGGCUUUGAAGUUUUCGAAAUCAACGCUGGUAGCCGGAGAAGCGGUAGAGAUAUUUGGGACAAGGUGGGCGACAUGACUCGAAAUCAUCUUGUAAACCAUGCCCAUUCAGAUAAAGGCGCAGAUGCCAAAGAGGAAGCGGAGACCAUGAACCUGUCGAGUGAGAAGCUGAAGCAAGACCUAGACUCUGGACGACAGGGAACCGUGAAUUCGUUCUUCAAGUCGAAAAGAGCGCCAAAGAAAAGCUCUUCGAAAAGCAAACCGAAAGUACAGGAACUGAGCCCCAAAAAGGACCCUCCACAAAGGGACCAAAGUCAAAAGCAGUCCCUCAUCCUCUUAGAGGAGGUCGACGUACUCUUCGACGAAGACAAGACUUUUUGGGCCACUACCCUCGAACUGCUCGUACAGUCCAAGCGACCUGUUAUAAUGACUUGUACAGACGAAAGCCUGCUCCCGUUAGAAGAUAUGGUCCUAUAUGCUAUUCUGCGUCUCACGCCUGCUCCUGAGCAGCUAGCCACAGACUACUUAUUGCUCGUGGCUUGCAACGAGGGUCAUAUACUCCCACGGGACGCUGUUCUUAAACUAUACAAAUCCAAAGGUUCUGAUCUGCGGGCAUCGAUGACUGAGCUCAACUUCUUCUGCCAAAUGGCAAUUGGUGAUACUAAAGGAGGGUUAGAGUGGAUGCUGGAUAAAUCGCCCUCGACGAACUCCAAUGACCGGAGCCAAGAACCGUUGCGCGUCGUCAGCGAAGGAACGUAUCAGACCGGUAUGGGCUGGCUGAGUGGCGAACAUCAGAAAUCUCUAGCAGAACAGUCCAUGGAUCAGGAAGCAGAGAUGCUUUCGCAAACUUGGUAUGGAUGGUAUAUUGACGUUGGGGCUUGUGAUUCAUACGUUUUGCCGUUGGCCACUCAAGAGGAACCGUUGCGAACGCCAGCUUUCCAGCAAUUAUCAGUACUUGACCAGGUAGCCGAAAGCUUCAGUGCGGCAGACACCUUCCCAGGCCGCAUCCCCUUGAUCGCUGAUAUGGCCCCGCUUGAUACUGCUCAACCCGAGCUCACGGAGAAAGUGUGCAGCAAUUUUGUUGAAGGCUUGAGUCUUCUUCAAGCGGAUCCUGUUAUUGACCAGACCGGUGUGGCCCAAGCAAUAGCCUUCACAAUCAAGGCCUGUGCAAGGCGAUUAAUGCACCCCUGUGACGAAGAACCUGUUGAAACCUCAAUCAGCAAUGACAAGGUAAUCUACAUGAUCACUGAAGGCAUGCAAGCCCGUCGUUCUGAAAGACUAAACGUGAGAUUCGACUAUGCGGCAGUCUUUGAGCCUAUCGCGAGGUCUAACAAAACAGUUUUUGGUAUCCCAAAAGGCCCUCAGAUCUCGACGUUUGACGGAUCAUUAUCCACCAUCACCGAAGAUCUCGCGCCCUACGUACGUUCCAUUGUCCACUACGAUCUCAGGCUGGAAGAGCAACGGCGACUACUGAGCUCUUUGCUCUCGCAACCAGGCAAAAAUGGCAAAAGGCAGCGGACUACGCGAGCUAGCCGUGCAGCGCUCGAGGGUGGUAGUAAAGCUCAUACGAGAAGGGAGAGAUGGUUCCCAAAGAACACCAAUUUUGACUUGGUGUUGCAGUCUGGGGGGGAGGGUUGGCAGGAUAUCGCUUUGAAGCAGGCAAUGGCUGAGCGAUCUGAAGAGGAAACGGGGCUAGACGAGGGAUCGAGUAGGGACUCGACAGGAAGCGCGAUGGAGAGUGAUGCUUGA